AUGUACAACAGAGCAGUUCAAAUUGUGUUCGCGGCAUUACUGUUGCUCUGUCUAGGCGAUGUUCAAGGACUUCGCUUGGCGGAACAAAAAUGUCAGGAGUACCGGAAGCUGAUAUCUUCCUUUACGUCUAAAACGUCUGGUAAGGUGAAUGUUACCGAAUACGUCACAUCACCGAACGGAAUACCAGCAAAGGAUGGCGAAUUUCCUCACCACGUACAUGUAGGACGAAAAUUGUUUAACGACGACGAAAAAACGAAGCACAUGUUACAUUGCAGUGGUGCCCUUAUUAGUGAUCGUUACGUUCUGACUUCGGGUCUCUGCAUAUGGACAAUGGAUGACAACAUGUCACUUGGUCGCCAUGACUACACCCGGAACUCUUCCCUCCCGGAGCUGUUGAUCGUGGUAUCUAGUAUAACCUUUUUCAAUCUACCUAAUCCUAAUUUCGACGAGUUGGUGAAUGCAUCCUACACCAACAUUGAAUUGUGGCGACUCGCCGAACCUGUCACCUUUACCUCACACAUAUAUCCUGCCUGUCUUUGGACAGAGGACGCUAUUCCCGAUUUACAAAAGCUAACUGUGACAGGGUUUACAGCUGGCAAGCGGGUCAUUGACACACAUGAAACACAGCUGACAAAGGUACCGGUGAGCCGUGUUCCGAUUGAAAACUGCACGCAAUUGUUUGUCGAUGAAGAGCAUUUUCUGCUCCAUGGAUGGCCUGGCCGUUCUAACGAUGAUAAUAAAAAAAUAGUGGGUUUCCUGCGAAACGUUUCCGAUUCCCUCCUAUGUGUGACGUCUUCCGUAGCAGUUUACGAUGGUGAUGGCGGUAGUCUUCUACAGACGCUUGAUGAAGAAUCCGGUGACGUGUAUCGGCUUAUUGGUGUAGGAGUGAGGGGUUAUGGAAUUUUCGAGCCGCAACGGAGCAGUAGGCUUAGGUUAUAUUUCGAUGUACAAAAGCAACUGGAUUGGAUCGAGAGUGUCGUUUGGGGCACGUAA